GCUGCCGCCGCCUCCGAGAGCGACCCGGCCCGGCAGCAGAGCGAGGAGGCGUCACCCCAGGAGCAGCAAAAAGCCCCCCCAGUCGCGGGAGGGUACAACAGCAACAAAGCCCUGGGGCUGAAGUACGAGGAGAUUGACUGUCUGAUCAAUGACGAGCACACCGUUAAAGGGAGGAGGGAAGGCAACGAGGUCUUCCUGCCGUUCAGCUGGGUAGAGAAAUACUUUGAGGUUUAUGGGAAAAUUGCUCAGUACGAUGGUUAUGACAGGUUUGAAUUCUCUCAUAGCUACUCCAAAGUAUACACACAGCGAGCACCUUACCACCCCGACGGGGUCUUCAUGUCCUUCGAGGGCUACAACGUGGAGGUUCGUGACAGAGUGAAGUGCAUAAGUGGCGUGGAAGGUGUGCCCUUGUCCACGCAGUGGGGCCCUCAGGGCUAUUUCUACCCCAUCCAGAUUGCACAGUACGGGCUAAGUCACUACAGCAAAAACCUGACGGAGAAACCACCCCACGUCGAGGUCUACGAGACGGCCGAAGAGAAGGACAAGACCGGCAGGUCCGGGGAGUGGACGGUGCCGAAAGGCUGCUCUCUGUCCACGGUGUCCGACAAAGCCAGGUUCACUAACGUCAAACAGUUUGUGGCGCCAGAAACUACCGAGGGGGUGUCUCUGCAGCUUGGGAACACCCGGGACUUUAUUAUUUCUUUCGAUCUCAAAUUCGUCACCAACGGGAGCAUCUCCGUGGUCCUGGAGACGACGGAGAAGAACCAGCUCUUCACCGUGCACUACGUCUCCAACGCCCAGCUCAUCGCCUUCAAGGACCGAGACAUCUACUACGGCAUCGGCCCCAGGACUAGCUGGAGCACCCUCACCAGGGACCUGGUGACCGACCUGCGGAAAGGCGUGGGCCUCUCGAACACGAAAGCCGUGAAGCAGACCAAAAUCAUGCCCAAGAGAGUGGUGAGGCUGGUGGCCAAGGGAAGAGGCUUCCUCGAUAACGUCACCAUCUCGGCCACCGCGCACAUGGCAGCUUUUUUUGCUGCCAGCAACUGGCUGGUGAGGAACCAGGACGAGCGGGGCGGGUGGCCCAUCAUGGUGACGAGGAAGCUGGGGGAAGGAUUUAAGUCCUUGGACCCGGGCUGGUACUCGGCCAUGGCACAGGGACAGGCCAUCUCGACGCUGGUGCGGGCGUACCUGCUAACGAAGGACCACGCGUUCCUCAGCUCGGCUCUGCGGGCCACCGCGCCCUACAAGCUGCUGUCGGAGCAGCGCGGGGUGAAAGCCGUCUUCAUGAACCGGCACGACUGGUACGAGGAGUACCCGACCUCGCCCAGCUCCUUCGUGCUCAACGGCUUCAUGUACUCCUUGAUCGGGCUGUAUGACUUAAAAGAAACAGCCGGGGAGAAGCUGGGGAAGGAGGCGCGGGCGCUCUACGAGCGGGGCAUGGAGUCCCUCAAGGCCAUGCUUCCCCUCUACGACACCGGCUCAGGGACCAUCUACGACCUUCGGCACUUCAUGCUCGGCACCGCUCCCAACCUGGCCCGUUGGGACUAUCACACCACCCACAUCAACCAGCUCCAGCUCCUCAGCACGAUAGACGAGUCCCCCGUCUUCAGAGAGUUCGUCAAGAGGUGGAAGAGCUACCUGCGAGGCGGGCGGGCGAAGCACAACUAG